CCAAGCAGCGCAAGAAAGCAAGCACCACCACCACCACCAGCAGCUCAGCUCCGGUCUCCGGCUGGUUCGCGCGCUCGGUCGUCAGGAAGAGAUCGAGGCGGGUGCUGCGGCGAGGAGCGAGAGGAAGCAAGGGGCGCGAGCAAUGGGCGGGUGCUUCUCCUCCUCAGGCGCGUCGGCGGGCGAGGACGCGGGCGGCUACGGCUGCGAGAAGAGGGUGAUGAGGGUGUGGCCGAGCGACGAGGACGGCGGCCGGUGGCCGUACGUGGGCGAGCGGGACGUGGACAACAAGGCCGCCAUCUUCAUCGCCAACUUCCACCGCCACCAGUCCGGCGUCGUCUGCACCGACUGCCCCGACCAGCAGCCGCAGGCGCCGGCCGCCGCCCCCAGCUGAGACCCAACGAGCCACGGGCAAGGUGCAAGCAAAGUAAAGCUUCCGAGAUGAAGGUCUUUACAAACAAAAAAGGUUCCGAGAUGAAGAUCGAGUAGUGUCUUGGUUUUGGUCGAAUCCGUUGUGUCCCAUCGCUUCCAGAAGUUCUUUCCUCGUUUAAAAUUCGCUUCCUCAGAUCCUGUAGGAUGGUAAAUCGAGCUAGCUCCUAAUGAAUAAUCGAGGGAUUGUUGUAGAGUAUUUAGUACUUAGUAGUAUGUAAAUUUGUUCGAUAUAUACAUAUGUGAAGAAGAGAGUGUGCGCUUGCUUUUGGAGUCCA